GUUCAGUUAAAUCAAUCCGCUCUUCAUUACUGUGUUCCUUAGGUAAAGGAGGCACUGGAAGCUUUCAGCCCUCUCGCUGAAGUGUCACGCAUUGGAGGACUCGUGGAUGACGACAUUCAUGGAUGUCAUUGGCUCUCAAUCAUGUUCGCGGCCUCUCGGGGGUGCCUAUGAGAGCGGCACGGCUGGCUCCCCGUCAAUGUUGCAAGGCACAUCAUCACGGUGAUAUUUCCUCUGCAAAUCGCGCUAGCCUGCCGCGGAGUACCCCCGGAGGUAUUCGACGUCCAUUUCGUUUCCAGGCGACUCUCCAAUACCCUGAACCGCUUGCAACUAUUCCCAAAGUCGUUCAAGGACAAAAACUGCGUCCUCAAGACCCAUCGACCAGCCAGAGUGAGGAGGUCCGUGACUCUAGGUUGCAGCAAUCGAGGGAGCAGGAUGCGUCAAGCCAAACACAACCCGACGCUUUGGUGUCGAGGCGACGUUUGAAAAAGACUUAUGGCCAACCUAGUCCUACCCCAUCCCAAUAUCUUGCCAAAGCUCUCCGUCAAACUGGUCAUUCUCUGGGAGAUCAUCAUGGCUCCCAGGAUGUUGAUGCCGUUCGACAUCUGCACGUUUUGCAGCCGACAUAUGGCCGCCCCGCGCGACUUUCACUCCAAACUACCCUUGGAGAGUAUAUACGAUUGGUGGAUCCAUUGAUCUCCUCUUCUACGGAAGCACAUUCGACGGACCGGUUCGAUUCGGCACUAAACGAAGUUUUCAGAGACCAAAGCUAUAGCUAUCUGACUCGCCGUGGCUAUGAUGUGGGCGACGUUGUGGCCUGGGCAUGGGUUUUGAAGAGCAAGGAUGCUGACCAGGCUAUUUCCCGGUUAUUUGCCCACGCAGUCCAGCACCAGUCCAGAGCCGGCUCUGGCUCUCCUGUCGCUCCUCCAUUUGUCAUUCUCUUCCUUUUAAAACAACGGUAUUUGGAGGCUCGUUCCCUUCGAUUACUUUUGAUUUACUCGUUGCAUCUGAUCAGUGGCCAGCCACUGCCAUGUGAAGAGAUGAUCAGACGGUCCCUGCAAGAGAAUUUGCAGCUGCCACAAGGCAAAUUUCAGCCUCAGGUCGAUCAUUCCACUGGCAUGCGUCUGUUUGCCCGCUUGAUUCGGCAUGCACGCAUUGUGUGGCCUCAGGCAAUGCCGACCAUUGCAAGGGCUUUUUCGUGGUUUAUGUUGGCCACGAAGCCGGGCGAGGCAGAGAAAUCGAUUCUCAAGAAGUCGAUCGCCGACCGUCUGAAGACCAAGAACUUCAACAUCUUCCUUCGCCUACUUUCGGUUCCGUCCAAAGCUCACCCAUUCCAAUCUGUCCAUCUCCAACAGGUAGCCCAGUUUGAACUUCUUCGAGCCAUGGCCAGUCACAAGCCGGUGCUUCCUCUGACGCGAAAAGGCUACCGAGCCGUAGCCGCGAUCCAGCUGGCACACAAGAAGACAUCUGAGGAACGACUGUCGGCCGAGUUAAAGGCUCCUUCGUGGCCGCCUUGGAAAGAAGGAAAGCUAGGAAUAGAUGCCCUUCGGGGCAACGAAGGCAUGUACAGUCGUGCCAUGAACGUACUGUCGCAAAUGCGAGAUGCGGGCUAUUCUAGCAAGCUCUGGGAAGAAGUAUGUUCAAUUCUGGCAGGCUGGGAUACAGAUCGAAGCCCGACAAUCCAGACCAGAAGUUUUAUGCCCUGGUUGAGGUCUUUGAGCCGUGCAUCUGAUACCAAACCCGAUCAUACUGCUAUUUGGGCUGCUCGUAUCCGUGCCACAAGAACUGUUCGUGAAGCAUGGGCUUGCUUUUUGUCUUAUCAAGACCGCGGUCUUCCUCCCAACAUGGUCAUAUAUGCCGAGAUGGCAGAGAAGCUGAUCUAUCGCCAAUUGGCGAUCAGGAACCGAUUCGAUGAGUCAGAUCACGUUUUGCCUGGGGAUGGCCGUGAAGUCUACGCCGAGCCUGCUUCUGCACGUGAUAUCAUUUACGUCCACACUGAACCUCCGGUACUCCAAGAAUUUCUGGAGCAAAUGACUUCCCAGGGACUUCCCUUUCCCAGUCGAUUGCUCGCUUUAUUGCUUCGGACGAAACCGGAAUUCCGCACUGGCUUGCACUAUCUGAUCGUCAGUGAUCUCACAAAGGAUCAAAUUAAAGUGCUGUGCACUGUCCUGGGCCACUCAUCCGACUACGAAGCACAGACAACAGAUGUUUUGCAGACUGUACCGGAUGGUGUAUUUGCCUCUUUCAUCAAAUUCCUCUGCGUUUCUUCGAGUUCCACUUUGCACGCGGGACCCAAGUCUCUCACGCUCGACCGGUUCCCAUUCCUUGCAACAGAGAGUCAGUCACGAAGCUCCAAGACCGUUCUCCCCGAUUUUGAAGAUCAUCCAUACCAGGGGUGUCACCCCAGGGCCUUCUGGCAUGCGGCUCAAUUAGUCAAGGCACGGCAAACUCCCUGCGCACCAGCCUGGACUCAUAUACUAAGCGCUUUGGGGAGUACAAGCUCCAAUUACCUGAAGGAGAACAAAGCUUGGAGGCGUAUUCUCGCGUGGCACGAAGCCCUUUUGGCUCUGAAAUGGAUGAAAGACCACGAUAUCGAACCUAACUUGGACGGGUUCCAAGCUAUGUGUAAGGUCUUCAACGAAGCCGUCAACGCAGGGCUCAAGCAUCCAGAUGAGGCUGAAGAGGCAUUCAGCUUGAUUCAAAAGGUUACCCAUGGUGUCGACGAUUGCGAGGUCCUUGGACAUGAGCACUUUGAUGGCAUGGUUGAGAAUGGACUGCUUGUCCUGAAGUCCCAAUUUGAUUCCCUUGUUCUCCCUGCCUCCUCAACGUCAAAAUUAGCGGAGCAGAGCAUAUUCACGGAGAAUAGCUCGGUCGAUUCACAGCUUCAAGUUCCCACGAUUCUGCAUGUGCCAUCGUUUGCGACACUGCAUCGUUUCGUUCGCGUUUUGGGAGCAGUGGGGGACGACGAGGGAGUGUUGCAUCUGUUGCAGUGGAUGAGUCGAUCUGCUGGAUCGUUGAACGCAGCCGCUGAUGAGCGACUGAAUGGUGACAAAAUGCGGCGGCAGACCCUGACAGCGAUCCGCGUGACCUUGGAACGACUUCAAGCUGGGCCGACCGACUGUGGUCGGAUAGCGUCGGAUCCUGCUCAAGUGCAAGAGGCGUACGAUAUCAUCGAUCAGACCCCUGGUUGGGAUUGGCCUAGUGAUGAAGAGGUUGAAUAUUACUGCCGGUGAUGCAAGCCAGCGCCUUUCGUGUACAGAUAUAUGUAUUUUUAGACUACCAUACUCGUUGAUUUGAAUUGUGAUACCCAUCUGUGAGGCCUCCCAAGCUUGUUGGUAACCCCAUGACCCUAGCGCGAGUUUUUGGGGCUGGGCGUAAAUAUACUAGUCAGUCUAAUGUGGAAGAAAGUGAAAUAUCUACAGUAGGCUUGUGAUUCUGGCAACGUUAUCAGGAG